AUGUGGGCUGCAGUGGUGCACAGUAAGCACAGGGUCGUGUUUCUCCGCUGGGACGUGGGCCGUGUAUUUGAAGCCCUCAGAGAUGUAACCGCACUCUGCAGCGGGGGGCAGGAGCGAAACCAGGCUCCAGAAAUACGCAGCGCACGGUCCGGCCUCCAAACCAGAGUGGAUGUGGUGAAGAUGUCAAAUUACUUAAGGAAACUGCACAGACCUCAAGAGGCAGAGAGCCGGAGGGAAGAAGAGCCCAGAGUUUCUGUAGGAAAAGCAGAGGACCCGGCCCACCACAACUCCACUUCAGAGCUCAUAACAGGGAAACGAGCGACCGCCAAAUGA